AUGACUGGCAGUCAAGUAGCAAAGAUACCUGGCGACGAUAGAAGUAUCGCUGGUUUACAUCAAGAUCAAAUUAUUGAUGAAAAUGUUACUUCGUCGACGGAAAAAGGUAAUUCAAAUGAGUUGGAUUCACCGGAAAAGCUUCCUGGCAAAGAGAAAGAUAAAAUACCCGUCGAAGCCGUUGGUUUUCGAAGUUUGUUUCGAUAUGCUGCACGAAUCGAUAUAAUUUAUAUGUUAAUUGGUACUUUUGGAGGGCUGGGCAAUGGCGUUCUUUUGCCCCUUAUGGUUCUUGUAUUUGGAAACCUUCUAACUUCAUUUACUAGCCGAUCUACUGAUUUGUGUACACUCAAUUAUACAGCCCUUUCUACUCAGUAUUGUCCAGCAGGCUACCAAUUGACAGCAUCGAAUUUUUUAUCAUCACUAUCUAUUUGUAACCUUAAUAUAACACUCGAUUUUCAAAGUCAAAUAAAGCAACAAACGAACUAUUUGGUCAUUCUCGGUUGUGUUAGUAUUGUGAUGGGUUAUCUCCAAGUAGCAUUUUGGAGUAUGGCAGCUGAAAAGCAAACAAAAACUAUUAGAAAAAGAUUAUUUCAAUCCAUUCUACGAAAAGAUAUGGUCUAUUUUGAUUUACACAAAGCUGGAGAACUGAAUACGAAAUUGACAGAUGAUGUCAAUAAAAUUCAUGAUGGUAUUGGAGAUAAACUCGGUGCAGCAGCACAAUUUCUAUCUGCAUUUAUUACUGGCUUUUGUAUUGGCUUUGCCAAAGGAUGGAAAUUAACAUUGGUUAUAUUAUCGAUAUCUCCAUUACUAUUUACUUCCGCUGUGCUGUUUUCGAGGCUUGCUUCUAGUUUGACAGCAAUGGAAUUAAAAGCUUAUGGUAAAGCAGGAGCCAUUGCUGAAGAAGUACUUAGUUCGAUUCGUACAGUGCUCGCUUACAAUGGGCAAAGGCGAGAACAGGAAAGAUAUGAAAAGCAUCUUGGUGACGCUAAAAAGAAUGGUAUAAAAAGAGGUGCAAUAAACGGUUUUACGAUGGGUACUGUUUGGUUUUUUAUCUAUUGUGCAUAUGCACUAGGAUUUUGGUACGGAGCAAAAUUGAUUCGAGACGAAGGAUAUAGUAUUGGUGAUGUUAUCACUGUAUUCUUUGCGAUUAUUAUUGCUAUUUUCAAUUUGGGUCAAGCUAGUCCACACUUUCAAGCGUUAACUCAAGCACGAGGUGCUGCGUAUGCCGUGUGGAAAAUUAUUGAUGAUCCAUCUAAAAUUCAUAGCAAUUCCAAAACGGGUUUGAAAAAAGCUGGUCUUACCGGCGAUAUUCGUUUUUCAAAUGUUCAUUUUACUUACCCAUCACGACUUGGCGUCAAAAUUCUUGAUGGCAUUUCAUUUGAUGUUAAGCGUGGUCAAACCAUUGCUCUUGUUGGAUCAUCCGGUUCAGGAAAAUCAACAUGUGUACAAUUAUUGCAACGAUUCUAUGAUCCUGACGCAGGCUCAGUCUUUAUUGAUGAUCAUCAAGUCGAUGAAUACAAUUUAAAAUGGCUAAGAGAACAUAUUGGUGUUGUUAGUCAAGAGCCAAUUUUAUUUCAAGCAACUAUCCGAGAAAAUAUUCUAUUCGGAAGAGAUACAGCAACUGAUGCAGAAAUUCAUGAAGCAGCAAAAAUGGCGAAUGCACAUAAUUUCAUUAUGGAUUUACCUGAUAAAUAUGAAACUCGAGUUGGUGAUCGUGGAGCUACACUCUCAGGUGGACAAAAACAAAGAAUUGCAAUUGCUCGAGCAUUAAUUCGCGAUCCAAAAAUUUUACUGCUGGACGAAGCAACUAGUGCGCUUGAUAAUGAAAGUGAAAAAAUAGUUCAAGAAGCUUUGGAUCGUGCUGCUCAAGGCCGUACAACAUUAGUCAUUGCACAUCGUCUAUCGACAAUUCGUAAUGCUCAUAAAAUUAUUGUCAUGCACAAAGGUCAAGUUAUUGAAGAAGGUGAUCAUGAAUCAUUGAUGCGUCUACGUGGAACUUAUUAUAGUCUUGUUGAACAACAAAAUCUACUUAAGGCUGAAGAAGAAGCACAAUUAGCUUUUGAAUUGAAUCAAUCGACUGUACCUGCCAAAACUGACGAGGCCCCAUUAGGCUUCUCAAGAAAGCGUGCUUCAACUAUCGUUAGUAUGACACCAUCGGUUAAGAUUGCACUGUAUGGUAAGCAAAAGAGUUCAGAAACUAGUGACGAUGCAGUUGAUGAAGAAAAUGUUGAGGUAAAAAAACCGAGUGCGACUGUUGCAAUGUUAAAAAUGAACAAACGAGAAUGGAAAUAUAUAUUUAUUGGCUGCGUCUCAUGUCUAUGCAAUGGCGGUAUUCAACCAGCAUUCGGUGUUGUUCUAAGCAAAUUGACUGCGGUCUUUCAAGAAUGUGAUAAAGGAGUUCAGCAAAGUCGAGUACUAGUCUAUAUACUUUUGUUUAUUGGUUUUGGUAUUCUAAUGUUAGUUACCAUGUUUCUUCAAGGUUUUCUAUUUGCUUGUUCGGGCGAAGCGCUAACAAAACGAUUACGUUCAAAAGCUUUCAGCGCUCUUCUACGUCAAGAAAUCGCUUAUUUUGAUAAUCAAAGUAACAAUACAGGUGCAUUAUGUACACGUUUAGCUACUGAAGCAUCUGCUGUACAAGGAGCAACUGGAGUUCGUAUUGGACUUAUGAUACAGAAUAUUGCAGCACUUGGUACUGGUAUUAUACUUGGUUUUGUAUUUUCUUGGCAAUUGACAUUACUUAUUCUUGGUUUUGUUCCAUUUAUGGUUAUUGGUGGAUUUUUACAAAGUCGUUUAAUGACUGGAUUUGCCAGUAAAGAUAAAGAAGCGCUGGAAGAUGCUGGAAAGGUAUCAGUAGAAUCUAUACAAAAUAUUCGAACAGUUGUACAAUUAACCAAAGAAAAUUAUUUUCAUCAUGAAUAUAGUGAAUACCUUGAAGUUCCUUAUCGAUCAUCUAUAAAACGAGCACAUCUCUUUGGUGUAUUCUUCUCAUUAACAAACUCUGUCAUGUUCUUUAGUCUUGCAGCACUAUUUAGUUUAGGUGCUUUUCUCAUCGAGCAAGGCUCAGUUUCAUUUGAAAAUCUACUACUGUGUUUUAAUUGCAUUGUAUUCGGUGCCCAAAGUGUUGGACAAACAGCAUCAAUGUCUCCAGAUUACACCAAGGCUGUUGAUGCUGCUGAAAAAAUUCUAAUUCUAUUGAAUCGAAAACCAACCAUUAACAACAGUUCACAGGAUGGUGAUGAAAUUCCUAACUUUCAUGGAGAAUUAGAAUUCGACUGUGUUCAUUUCAUUUAUCCAAAUAGACCGGAAGCAAUUAUUCUUAGAAAUUUUCAACUUAAAAUUAAACCUGGUCAACGAAUUGCACUUGUUGGUACAUCUGGAUGUGGAAAGUCAACAAGUGUUCAAUUAAUUGAACGUUUCUAUGAUCCAAAUCUUGGUCGAUUGUUAGUCGAUUCAAAAGAUAUUCGAAGUCUUAAUCUUCAAUGGUAUCGAUCACAAAUUGGUAUUGUUUCACAAGAACCCGUUUUAUUUGAUAUGUCAAUAAAAGAAAAUAUUGCUUAUGGUGAUAAUAGUCGAGAUGACAUUCCAAUGGAAGAGAUCAUCGCAGCAGCUCAAAAUGCUAAUAUACAUGAUUUUAUUCAAAGACUUCCGGAACAAUAUGAAACGAAUUGUGGUACCAAAGGAGCUCAAUUAUCAGGCGGAGAAAAACAACGAAUCGCAAUUGCUCGAGCAUUAAUUCGAAAUCCAAAGAUAUUAUUGUUUGACGAAGCAACAAGUGCAUUGGAUGCCAACAAUGAAAGAAUAGUUCAAGAUGCACUAGAUCGUGCUCAAAACAAUCGAACAACAAUUACAAUAGCACAUCGUUUAUCAACAAUUCAAAAUGCAGAUUUAAUUUGUGUUUUACAUAGGGGUGUCAUAGUUGAAAGUGGAACUCAUCAAGAAUUACUUGCUCUGCAAGGUCGUUAUUAUCAUUUUGCAAUUCGAAAAACUAUAAAAUUUGUUACGUUAAUAAUUAUUAAAACGCUUCAUGCUCUAAAUCAAGCUCAGAAAUAUCUUCAUGUUAAAGUUUGUAAACUUCAUUUUAUUCGGCUUCGAAUUAAUUUUUUGGCGAAUUAA